UCUCCCGCUCUCGGGGUCGGUUCUUCCGAAGGGCGGCCGCCUCCUUUCGCUUUCCGAGCCCUCCCUUCAUUUUGUCCCGCCGCCGACCCCCAUCGCCUUUAAUCUUGGUGGGCCGGGGAGGGAAGGAGGGGGCAGGCGGGGGGACGUCAGUGUCGAGUGGGCUGGCCCAGGGCAAGGCAGGGCAGAGCGAGGCAGCCUCGCUUUUACACGCUCCUUCCCUCCCGCGGGAAGAGCAGCCGCCCUUCUGGACUGGCCGUGCCGAGGCCUGGCGGGGAGGACGCGGGGGCCGAGGUGACCCGAAAGGGUCCGCGUAUGCGCGCUCGGGGGCGCUUCCUUCCUGGCUCAGGGAAUUUACUGGCCAGGACGGGUGUCUGCGCACCAGCGGAGCAGCGCCCAUGGACAGUGGAAACAUCCUACAGUUCUGAAUGGCAGUCCCCUUUUUCUCAGAAAGAAGGACUCUGAUAUACAGAUCAGGGGUGUGGUAUCAAACCAGAGGCAGUCUUCUGUAGUGUCCCACACGUGGUUGAAACGUCAUAUGCCAGUAUGAAUAUUAGCACAGUUGCACACGCUUCAGACCUUGGCCGUCAAAGAAGAGGAAGAGAGAAACAAGAUGUUUAGAAUCAAUGACAAGACUGCUUGCAUGACUUAACGCCUUCCAAGAAUACCUUCUGUUUCUGAUGUUGAAGAAGAAGUAAACAGAAACGAGAAUUACAUAUUAUAUACCAUUUUUUUUCUUUUUAACCACUUUGGAUUUUAGUCUCUGAAUUGAAGUGGCCACAAGCACUGGACAGCAAUAUGUGUCAUGUCAUUGUUACUUGCCGCUCAAUGUUGUGGACACUCUUGAGCAUUGUUGUGGCGUUUGCAGAGCUCAUAGCCUUCAUGAGUGCAGAUUGGCUGAUUGGCAAGGCCCUGCCUGGAAGUUCUCAGGACACAGACAGCAAGAGGGCAGGAUCAGUGGAACCAUAUCGUCCAACGUUGGGGAUCUAUGGACGUUGCACCAGAAUUGAACACCUGCAGUCUUCCAUGCCUGAUACAUCUUGUGGCCCCUAUGCAGAUAACUUCAGUGAGAUUGCCAGUGGGUUUUGGCAAGCUACUGCUAUUUUUCUUGCUGUGGGGAUCUUGAUACUCUGUGCAGUUGCAUUUGUUUCUGUUUUCACCAUGUGUGUACAGAGUAUUAUGAAGAAAAGUAUUUUUAAUGUCUGUGGGCUGCUACAAGGAAUUGCAGGACUAUUCCUUAUCCUAGGCUUGAUCUUAUAUCCUGCUGGUUGGGGUUGUCAGAAGGCAAUAAGCUAUUGUGGACCUUAUGCUUCAGCUUAUAAACUUGGUGACUGUUCUUUAGGCUGGGCAUUCUACACUGCUAUUGGUGGCACAGUCCUGACAUUCAUCUGUGCGGUCUUCUCUGCCCAAGCCGAAAUCGCCACCUCCAGCGACAAAGUCCAGGAGGAAAUUGAAGAGGGGAAAAGCCUGAUUUGCCUCCUAUAACACCCUCUCCUCCAAAAAAACAAAAACUUAUCUCAAAAUGGAUUCGAAGUAGCUACUUAGAUGGACUUUUAUAGGAGAAAUGAAGACAUACAAGUGUUUUGAUGGUCCAACAUCAUAGAAAGUUGACAGGCACUGAAGUCUACAGACAGUAUUAAAAAAAUGUGAAGCAGUGAGAAUUCUGCCACGUGGAUACGAAGGAUGCCACAAAGCAAACCUGUUGGCUUUCCAACUAUGCUGGAAACAAUUAUUUCCAUUUUAUGUUCACCAAGAUGAAUGAUUAUGAAGGAAUCUUUUGAAGAAUUAACUUGAAAUAAGCCAGGUUGUUUCCAGUACAUACAUUGUAAGACAACAUAACCAGGCUCCAAUGUCAAGAUUGCAGGCACUACACUGCUAAUAUUCUCCAUAGCAGUCUCUUCAGAAAUCAGGCCAUGAAUACUAAAAACAGUUUUCUGGGUUGUAUGCAGUGGCACAUGGAAAGAAUGUGUCUUAAGAAAGAAGCAAGGAUUCCAGUUGAAACUAGUGAAUAAAGAAUUUUUCUUUGAGCAGAAAUACAUAACACAUUGCUCAAUGCAUACCUGAGGCAUGGAACCAUAAUUUAUGAGGGUAGCUCCAAAUUACUUUACUUUCAUCAUACAGAUAAAUAGUUCCAUUAUUUGACUGAUGUAUAGCUAUGGGAAAAGUUUAGACUUUUGUAUAUCUAGUACUGAACUCAAGAUUUGCCUUCAAAAGGAAGUGUAGGCAUAUUCUGCUAUUGGGUCCAGUUGUAACCAAGAUCACUCCUGGUCCUUUCAAAGCACCAUCAGUUGCCUUUGACUACAUUUCAAGUACAAAUGGCCAUUGUGCUCAUCUAACAACAGACACCAUGUGCCUAAAUUCUGACCAUAUGUUGCUGAAUGCUUUUGGGACUUUUUUAGUUAUAUCUAUAGGAUGAUUGUAUUGAUCAAUUUUUCAAAAAUGAGCCUUUUGCAUUAGUAAAUACGUGAAAAUGUUCUGAGAACAUAAUGUGCUGCAGUGAUGGCCAUAGAAGAGAAAUGAUGGGAUAGCUAAUGGCUAAUGUCCAGAUCCUCAAAUAUUAGAUUAGCCUUAUUAACACUGAUAUUUAAUGUAUCUUUGGUAGACAGAAGCAAUUCAUCAUAGAUUUAAGUUGCUGGGAGAAAAUAAGGCAUCAAACUUCAAAUAGUAACUUAUUUCUAGCAUAUCUCCUAAAAUUAAAAUUAGAAUCUUCAGUGAAAAGGAAUGUACUGUACUGUCUAACUCAGGAUUUUUGUGAAUAGCUACUCCUUUAACCACUGCUAUAAGUACCCCAACAAGGCAUUUGUGAAUUAACAACUAGGCACAUGCACAUUUUACCACCUGUGUUAAUUCACUGAGCACCAGCAAUGUUCGUGAGGGCUUUGACUGGACUUAACUGGAGGGAAAUUGCUUUU